CACCCGCAUCCACAAUGACCGGGCCAGGCGACCUGUGCCCCCUCACUGCGGCUGACGGCUUGCCGUUCGUGUUCGGCGAGCCGGCGUCGCAGCCCGACAGCCCGCUGCUCUCGCUGCCGUCAGAGCUCCUGCACCGUGUCGUCUUCGAGAGCGCCGCCGAUUCCCCCGCCGUGCUGGUCAGGAUAGCGUCUGCAUGCCGUGCCCUCCGGAUAUUCGUCUUCGAGAACCCCGACACGGCGCUCUGGCGCGACAUCCUCAUCACGCGGUACGACGACCCGCGUGAGGCCGCGGCGUACCCCGUCGCACGGGAACGCAUUGACUGGAAGAAGCUGGUCAAGGAGCGGACGUUUGUCGAGCGCGUCAUGGAGAAGACUAAGGAUAUCGACGAGCUGGCCCGCAUCGUCGACCGCUUGAAUGACACCCUGGUAGACAUGUACCUUGACCUGCCGCCCAAGUCGGCGGCACUGAGCGAGAUGGAGGACACGGCCGACCCGCACCUCUUCUUCGCUCAGCCCGCAACACGAAACGGCCCGAUCCUGGAGCACCUGCUCCGCACGCCGGCGUUCGAGAAGCUCUACGCGACGUUCUCCGCCCACGAGCCAGAGUACAGGCAGAACCCAGACCAGCCAUACUACCUACGCCGGCGACGACGCCGGCCGAUAUCCAUCCCGGCGCUGGCGCGUCUGCAUGCGCUGCUGGCGCCGAAGAACACGGACGACAUGGACCCCGCGACUGAGACCUAUGCCGACGCAAGGGCGCACCGCGGCUACGUUCGCGAACUGGUGUACUCUGGCUCCCACUACCGAGAGGACAACGACUGGGCACCGCUCCGACCAGACGGCACGGUCGACUGGACGCUUGUUGACGCUAUCGGCGAUGUCAUGAUGCUCAACGCAAUGGACGUGCUCUCGAUGGGCGUCGAUCUCUGGAGCGUGUCCCAGCCACCCAUGUCCUAUGGGAUCGAGUCUGUGCGCGGGCUGGGCUUCCUCGGACUGGAGCGCCCUGCCAACCUGGCACCAGACGAGCCGUGGGACUGGGCGGGUAUUGGCGGCUGGUGGAACGGCUCGUAUGCUUUCAUGGAAUACCGACACUGGGUCAGACUGAACGAGCCACACCUGCUCCAGGUUCGGCGAGGAGUACCCCCUCUCGACCUCUCAACAUACGCUGAGGCUAUCGGCGACCUGAUGGAGAUGCAGUUGAUCGUGGAUCGCUGCCCAAGCGACGCCGACGACGCCUACUCGGAUCUGCUGGGCAUAAAGAGAGGGCAGAUCGAGCAGGCUCCAAUCGAGACCCAACUACCCGUGUCCGACCUCCUCCCGCCCAUCCACUUCCACGGGUGGUCAAGGCAGGUGUCUACGGGCGUCUCUCAUCCCUCUGGAGCGCCACACAGCUUUGUGCGCGGCGUGGUCAGGCUCACUGCCGACAACCCGCCAGAGAUUCGGUGGACGAUUGUCAUCAGCUACGGUGGCGCCGACCGCUGGAGGUUGGAAUGUGCGCAGGUCGGCGGUCGUGGUGCCAGGCGAGGAUUCUUUGGAGCUUGGACAGACGCCGACCGCGAAGAGCAUUCACCCAACGGUCCUGUUUGGUACUGGAAGAAACCUGAGGCCUCUGCUGCCUCUGACCAGAAUUCUGGCCUCGCAAGAGAAUCUGCCCUCGGAAGAGCAUGAUGAACUGCUGUGGCAGGUUUGCAUUCCGUUGGGGAUGCGGAAUCGCGUACAUUAUCGCCACUUACAUCACCUUGUACGGGUCGGUGCCAGAUCCCAACCCCAUACCUUGGUUGAGAUCCCGACAAUCAUCCCCUCCCCUGUCUUCCGUCGCAUCGUCGGCGACCCCUGUUGUCAGGUCCAGCGGAACGUCGUCUGUCGGGCGGAGCGCCGGGAGCAACUUGCAACCCUUCUCGGAGCACCCGCCCGUGCACGCAUGCAUCUUUAUGACAGG